AUGCCGAUCUACCGCGAACCAAGUAUCUUCUAUCGUGAAGUGCCGUCCUGGCAAUGGAAGAACCCAGAUAUCAGACAACGGAUGACUAUAGAGACAUGUCUGCAAGGAGCAUCAGUUCUUCGCUUGAUAAUGCUAGAUCUUAAACUCGAACUUAAACGCUGUGCCAAUAUUCAGGCCGGAACAGUCGAUGAUGCUACUAAUCUCAUCACCCUCGUGGGGUAUUUCCUCUUUGGGCCACUAUGCAACAUUUUGAGUGCUAUGAAUGAAUCUAGGAAAUCCCAACACUCGAUCGAUUUGAAAAACGAGUACAAUGAUGCUGUCUGGACUCUGUACUGCUCUGUUGUAUUUGCUCAGUACGAACUAGACAAGCACUCGGCCACUCCAAGGGUGAUGGACGAAGUGUACAGGCUCAAUCUCUCCCAAAGUUCCUUCGACCAUGCAACCUUCAAGCUCCCCUGCCUAAGCCCCAUUGAGCUGCUUUUGAGAGUCGUAACGGCCCGCCAAAGUUGGGAUAGCCUCGGUAUGGACCCCUAA